AGCGCUUGUAAAUCUGAACGCAGCGGGGCGAUGAUGAGCGUCUUACUACCCAACAUGGCGGACUUUGAUACCAUUUAUGAGUUAGAAGACGAAGAGGAUGAGCACGUAGUGAGCGAGGAACACCUGCCCAGAUACUGUCCGGAGCCCGUGGUCAUGCGGGGGGCCGGGCACAUCACCGUGUUUGGAUUAAGCAACAGAUUUGACACAGAAUUUCCGUCAGUUCUCACAGGAAAGGUAGCGCCGGAGGAAUUCAAAACCAGCGUCGGCCGGGUGAACGCCUGCCUGAAGAAGAACCUGCCCGUGAAUGUAAAGUGGCUUCUCUGCGGCUGCCUGUGUUGCUGCUGUACGGUCGGCUGCAGCCUGUGGCCCGUCAUCUGCCUCAACAAGAGGACACGGCGGUCCAUCCAGAAGCUGCUAGAGUGGGAGAAUAACCGGCUAUACCACAAGCUGGGGCUGCACUGGAAGCUCAGCAAGAGAAAAUGUGAGAGCAGCAACAUGAUGGAAUAUGUGAUUCUUAUAGAGUUUUUACCCAAAUACCCUAUACUGCGACCGGACUGAGGAGACUGUUAUCAGACCGGACGGGUGGCCCUUGAAUCUUAUCUCUAGUGCCUUGUAUGUAUGUGUAUGUAUAUAUAUAUAUAUAUAUAUAUAUAUAUAUAUAUAUAUAUAUAUAUAUAUAUAUAUAUAUAUAUAUAUAUAUAUAUAUAUAUUACUCUGUUUUGUUGGAAUAAGGGUCUGCGUCGGAGUCUCUCGUGACGACCCCGUACAUCUCCCAGUACCUUGUACAACUGAAUUUGCAACACUGUCACUUUGCUUUAGAGCGGAUUUUUGCACAUUUUCUCCCCUCCUCUGCCCCUUUUUAUUGUUGUUGCACUCUGAUUUCAUGUUGUUUCCUGUGUUCAGACAAGCAAAGCUCUUCUGAAAAGUGCAUUUACCCCAAAGAUCCUCCAAACCCCGUAUCUGGUAUACCAGUAAUCCCUUGCGAAGGAAUGUGACGCCUCCUCCUCCCCUGACGAUCCUUUUGCCUUAUGUAUGUUUUAAAAAUAAAAAAGGUUAACACACGUAUACGAGUAAAUGUUACUGAAACGGGAACGCCGUGGCCGAUCGGAUGAGGUCGUUUUAAAUCCGGUUCUUAGCAGGUGGAUGAGGCGGUGGAACUUUGCCCAGCGCACAGUGUACGUCUCCUCUCUGUGUUUUUUUUGUUGUUGUUUUUUUUGUCUUUAUAUUAACUCUUUGUACCUGGGGAAUUAGCUAGUACAAGAGCCUGACCUGUAAAUACCAUGGUAGAAUAAGCUGUACAGUGGUAUACCAUUGUUUACAUAAAGUUUACUUAGCCAUUUUAGAUUUUCUUUGCCAAUAUAUUGCUGUACCAUAGUUUUCAUUAAUGAGAGAUGUCUAUGUACAUUACUAGUUCAUAUGGACCUGUUUACCUUGUAAGCCAUAUACAGUGUAUCUGAUGCCAGAGCUGAGACUGAUUAUUGCACUUGAGCCCAGAGGGGAGUCAUUAUUUCUAACCCUUAAUAUUCAAACAUGCCGAUUGGUGGUUUUUUUGCCAACGCGUGAUCAUUCAAUCUAUAUUUUUUGAUUGUUCAGCGUAGCAUUAUUUUUGUAGUUUUGUAUCCGUCUGUGCCGUGUUGGUGGGGGGAAAGAAAGCGCCCCUCCUUAUUUCAGCCGCCAUCCCGAGCGAUAGUGUUAUUUUUCUUCGUUUAAGUCAAAAGAUUUCCCGCUCUGCGUUUUCUUUGAGUGCCUCUGGGAAAGUACAGAAGUCGGAGGUUCAGGUGGAAAUCUGUUACGUACGAAGGAGGCUUUGAGUCCUCCUCCCUGUGUUGUUACAGUUCUUGUACAUGUUUGUCACAACGACCUAAUUCCUCUGAAGAGAGAAAAUAAAUAGUUGAUUUUCAUCUUUUAUUAUUA